UGUCUUACUUGCUGUAGGCCCCAGUCAUCCCUGCCUGUAGCUGACAUGGUUGAAAAACAAGUGAACAGUUAAUAAAGAUCAUACACAAACAGGCUCCUAGAAUAGAUUAUGUUACAUUGAGGUUUCGCUCGAAGCAGCCAACUGAAGUAAUGUAGUUAACAUAAAUUCAAUCACAAAGGCUGGUCUGAUAUAGGGGAGGUAAUCAGGAAGGUGAUGGAGUCCAGGUGAGUGUCAUGAGGCGCAGGUGCGUGUAACGAUGGUGGCAGGUGUAGUCAUGAUGCACAACUGGCGACAACGCACGCCAGAGAGGAGUAGUGGGAGUAGACGUGACAACUAUGUGAAUGGGACAUUUCUGCUGGAAUGGAAAAAUGAUCUGGAACGCUCAACUAGAUCAGGACAUUCUAGGUGUGUCCAGAGUAAACUGGGCCCAGCAGAGUGAUGUCAUCUCCAGGAAUGGGCACCCCCAGUGACCCCCUGUUGGCCAGCCCAGGAGGGAGGUCAUCAGAGAGGUCAUUGGGUGCCACAAAUGGUCUCUGGAGGAGCUCCAUGCCCAAGACGGCCAGCUUUCCAUCGUCUACCACGCGCCUCUUGAGUCACCGUGCCAACAACUUCCAGAGACACCCGAAGCGGCGGAAGCUGAUCAGACCGUCCCCGCCCCCCCCGCCCAACACCCCCUGCCCCCUAGAUCAGCUGGACCUCAGUGAGAUGCCCCCUCGCCGCACCUUCCCUGAGCUGCUCUUCAACGGCUGUGUCCUGUUUGGCAUUGAGUUCAGCUACGCCAUGGAGACGGCCUAUGUCACCCCUGUCCUGCUACAGAUGGGUCUGCCCGAAGAGUUCUACAGCCUGGUGUGGUUCAUCAGUCCUAUAUUGGGAUUCCUGGUCCAGCCUCUCCUAGGAGCUUGGAGUGAUCGUUGUACAUCCCGCUUUGGCCGUCGGAGACCGUUUAUUUUAGCCUUGGCUAUUGGAGCUCUGCUUGGUUUGACAAUGGUGUUGAAUGGGCGAGACAUUGGAGCUGCGGUGGCAGACACAGCAACCAAUCACAAGUGGGGCAUCAUACUGACUAUUUGUGGAGUGGUUCUGAUGGACUUCUGUGCGGACUCGGCAGAUAAUCCCAGCCACGCCUACAUGAUGGACGUGUGCCUGCCAGAGGACCAGGACCGUGGCCUCAAUAUUCACGCACUGCUGGCAGGCCUGGGUGGUGGAUUCGGGUACAUCGUGGGUGGAAUUAACUGGGACCACACUGAGUUUGGGAGGUCAAUGGGAGGUCAACUUCGAGUCAUCUACAUGUUCACCAGUGUCACAUUGGUCAUUGCCACGUGCAUGACCCUCAACAGCAUCCCCGAGCGGCCCCUGCCAAAGAUGCAGACUCAGAAGAACUCUAAAAACUCUCUAAAGAGCCCCAGCCUCCCUCUGCCCCCCUCUCCCCCUGUCCCUCCGGGGGCAAGCCUGGGAUUGGAGGAGGAAGAGGCAGAGGAGAGGCUUUAUAGCUACCAGUUCUCUGAACCCUGCCCCUCAAACCCUAACCCCAUGGCACACUCCUGUAGUGCCAACGCACGCCUCUGUGCCGGACUCACCAGCCCCAUCUCCCCCCUCAGCCCCCUUACUCCUAAAUAUGGCAGCUUUAUCAGUCGGGAUAACUCUCUCACUGGCAUCAAUGAGUUCGCCUCAUCCCUGGGAACCUCCUAUAUAGACAGUGUGCUCAUCGACUGCUACACCGGACAGCCAUCUCCACAGCCCCUUGACCAGGACACUGCAGCCCGACCACUGCCUCCAGGGGACACCCCACCUCCCCAGGGAUCUCAGCCUGGAACUGGGUCACAGUCUGGAGCAGUAGCCCAGGCUGGAGCACUAACCGUGGCUGUAGCACUAACCGUGGCUGGGACAGUGGCCCUGGCUGGGGCAGGAUCCCAGGCCGGGGCUCAGGCCGGGGAGGCUCAGAUGGAGGCAGGGUCCCAUCGAGGUUCGUCCGCUGGUAUCCUGAAGCGCCCUCAGAGCCUUGCGCUUGUGGAGGAGCCAAUGGUGAUCCAAGGUGAAGGGCUGGAAAAUGGCCGCAGAAGAACGGUGACCUUCAGUCAGCAGGUGGCAAACAUUCUGCUGAAUGGGGUGCGCUAUGAGAGUGACCUGAGUGAAAAUGUGGAGACAGCAGAUUCACAGAUGUCAAUGAGGCUACUGUGUAUCGCCAUCUACAGGAUGCCUCCGUCACUGCGCAGCCUAUGCACUAACCAUUUCUUGGGUUGGCUGUCCUUUGAGGGCAUGCUGCUGUUCUACACUGACUUUAUGGGGGAGGUAGUGUUUGAGGGAGACCCAAGAGCACCCCAUGACUCUGAGGCCUACCAACGCUACAAUGCUGGGGUUAGCAUGGGCUGCUGGGGCAUGUGCAUCUAUGCAUUCAGUGCUGCCUUUUACUCAGCCAUACUGGAGAAGCUGGAGGAGCGUUUUUCCCUCCGCUCUCUUUAUUUCUUUGCCUACCUGGCGUUUGGCCUUGGCACGGGCCUUGCUACACUCUCCACCAACCUCUAUGUGGUGCUGUCGCUCUGUGUCACCUACGGGGUGCUCUUCUCCUCUCUGUGCACACUGCCUUACUCUCUGCUGUGUGAAUACUACCAGAGCCCACAGUUCUGUGGCUCGUCAGAGGAAGGGACCAGGAGAGGGAUGGGGGUGGACAUCUCUCUGCUCAGCUGCCAGUACUUCCUAGCUCAGAUCAUAGUCUCCGUGGCGAUGGGACCUCUGACCUCGCUGGUGGGCGGGGCCCAGGGAGUGAUGUACUUUUCUAGCGCGAUGUCAUUCGUGGGCUGUCUGUACUCCUCCCUCUGCGUGGUGUACCACCUGCCCCCCCCUGAGGGUGAGCCUUCUGAAAGAAGAGAAGUUGAAACUGGGGUGUGAUUCGGCAUUCCAUCGGAAACCGAACAAAAAAGAAGAACAACAAAUCUGUUGUUUUGGUGGCGAGAAAGAAUUCAGGAAGAUGCAUGUGAACUAUGCUUAAGAUGGCGCUGGACAACUUUGAGAGGGAAGACUUUUGGGUUCAUAUUUGCCAACAGCAAGUGCUUAUUUUCACCGCUAAGGUGCAUGCUUUAGUUAGGGUUUAGGCUUGUUUCACCACACAACCCAAACUGGCUCACUGGAGUGACCCUCUCCAUGGGGGUUAGUUAUCCAGUCUCAUCACACGCUGCUGCAUUUAUUCACUCAAUUMAUUCGAUUAUAAACAGCUCAAAUAACAUUUCAUCUUCCAUGUACAUCAAUCAGCCAAUUAUAAAACAUUGGUGAARUCAUAAUUACUUUUCAAUUGAGAAAAUCUGACAGGCUAAAAAAAACUUGCUUGCCUUGAACAUCACUUAAUUGACACYGAGACUGUUUACAGGCAUUUUUUGAAUGAAUUGUUAACAAUAACUCAUGCCUGCGUUCAGCUUCAUUUGUGAGUUUCACUAAAAUACCCACCACCGUGAAACACCCCACUGUCAUGAGUCAUCUAGAGCUGAUGCCUCAGUGGAAUGUUGAUCAGGGUCUACCACUAAAGCCUCCAUAACAGACUGGACACGUGCCAUGAUGAUGUCAUGUUUCUGACUGGUUUCUUUUGAGAAAACAGCAACUGUAUGGAUCAUCAUGCUGUUGCAACUUGCUUCAAUUCAACAAAAUAACAUUUAUAGUAUUUUACAAUAGUGUUUUCUGAUGUUCUUCAUCCUUAAUUCCAAUAUUAACUGUAUUACUGUAACAGCUACUUCAGGGUUGAGUUCAAUUAAAAUGAUAAUUUUUUA